AUGACUGACGUGAAAACCCUGAUGAAAAGUGUGGUCAUACUUCAGCAGAAAAUUCCCAGUGGUCAUCCAUUGAAAUCUACCUGUUGCCUCGAUAUUGCCGCGGAGAUUAUCAGACAGGACGACCGUGCCCGAGUUCAACUUUCUCAGCGUCGAUACGCCUCGGGUCUAGCGGUACUGCGGCAAGUCAACAGUGAUAGUGACAUUGACCUUGCAACCGGACCAAUUGCUGGGAUAAUCGCGGUGUCCUCCACAAGGCAAAUUGCACCGAUCCGUGAAAUGGUGACGUUGACGGAGGUCGAGGCGUUCGAACCUCCGCGUAGGCAGCGUCUAACUUCCCAGCAAAACGGUUUGGACAAAGUUUUCUCGGAAAAUGAACGCCAGCAGUUUGUUCAGAGGACGGCUCGAGUACUUUUCACGACCGAAUUCGCCAUUCUGGUUCUCUACACAAAAUGCAUCGUCCCGUUCGUCUUAGCCACUUGCACCGCAGCUCAGUAUUACCUACCGAACCACAACUACUACCCGCAGCUCAAGGGCGUGGACGAUACAAACAUACAAGCAAAAAUUGGCGUUGUGCUCAUAUUAGGCGUCGUCCAGUUCGUGCUUCUAACUCACUCGAGCACAACGGAGCCGACUUUAGCUGGAGAUUUAGCUGGCUCAAGCACUCGACGACCGCCUGACAUGGUGGACAGCACUUCUGGUGGACAGUAG